AUGAAGCUUUUUGUGAAUCGUUCUUUCUUACAUCUUGUGGAAGACAUCGAUUCAACAAAGAAGAUGAAUUGGGCAGAAUUUGUGUUGUCCUAUCUUGUGCACGGGAUUGAAGAGUUUAAGAAGAAACAACAAAGUGGGUUAUUCUACCACGAGCAUAUAGCGUUUGAAGAGAAAUUUCUACCGCUAUAUACUCGACCUUCUCCUCGGAUUACUUCUUGGGGAGAUGAUGAAGUAUUGGACAGGAAACGAAGAUUGAAAAAACUUGGUGGAUAUGCAAAUGAGAAUCUCAAAAUAUGGGUGAUAGAAAAUGAGAUAAGGGAUUGCGUUGAUGGAAAUGCAAUGAUAAUGGCGAGUGAGAAUGAAGACGAUGAGAAAUUUGUAAUCAAUCUAAACAAAGAUGUUAUUAAACGAGUUGAUGGUGGGAACUUAAUGGAGAUGGAUAAAACCUUUCAACAAUUAAAGACACAUCUAAUUGAUAUGGCUUAUGGUGCAAGUAGUAGUAGUUGUGAUCAAAUUUUGGCUAAAUUUAAGGAGAAUUAUACUACAGUGAAAGGUCUCUUCCUUAGGUCAAGCGGAAAACCUUUGAGAAUGCACGAGGAAGGAACGAAGAAUGACAUGCUCUCAUGCGAGAGAAGUUUGGAAGAUACGAACAAUAUGAAUGUGAAUGAACAUUAUCUUCACACUUUGUCAAAUGAGAAGUUAUGCACCGAGGACUUGAAUGAAAAGAAUGAAGAUGCAUGUGCUACAUCAAUUGAAGUGCAUAUCAUUCCAGACGAAAAUCAAAAUAUUUUACCACUUCCAAUCAAAAGGAGUAGAAGAGAUUAUGGAAAGGAACCAUUACGAGCACUAUGUGGUUAUCCUAAUCAUGUCAUGAAAACACGUACAUCAAGGGAGAGGAAACCAAGUAAAUUCAAGGUCUCCCUGUUUGUACACAAUUUAAGGAAGAUGGUAAAAUGUGAAGCAUCAGAGGUAUAAUACAAAUAGUUUAAUAUCAUUGUUCUUAUUUUUUAUACUUAACAUAUAUAGUUAAUAAUUAUGUCUUGUUUUCGAAUUAGUCAAUCCCCAUGUCCAUUCGUGAAGACGUGGUGGAUACUCAAUCAUUCAAUGUACUUCAAUCUCUUAUCGCUGAUUAUGUUUUCAAUAAAGCAUUGUCAAAAAGGUUUGUCGUGUCUAGAACAUUCAUAGAUGUGUUGUUACAAUUUUAGCCUUCAUAUGCUUCCAAUUUACUCAAGUUUGUUUGAACAUAUUAUUAUUUUAGU